AUUACACGGACUCUGUUUUUUUUUUCCUUCAUUGCUCCUCCUUCUGUUUCCUUUUUUUUUUGGCUCAUCGAAGAACCUGAAAGAUUUUGCUAACGCUUGCUCUCGAAUCUAGGGUUUUUGUUCUUCCCUCGAGUUCUGCCGACUUAUAUUCUGCGAAUCUGCGGUUUCGGUGUUUUGUUGCUCUGUAUCUUUCGUAUGAUUCGUUGUUUCCGGUUCGUAACUGAUCUCUGGCUCGCGAGUUCAGAAAAAAUAGUGGAUUGGAUUUGGCGAAGACUCGCUUUUUUGGAGUUUCGUGGUGGAAGAAGAAGAAGAAGCAUGGCGUUGACGGAGAUUGGAUCAUGUGAAGUGAAAAACGAUGGUGGACAUUGCAAAGAAGAAGAAGAAGAAGAGUUAGGUUUUGGGUCUGUGAAGUUCACGCGAGGAUUAGGGAGGAAGAGGAUUGUGAUUUCUAAUGGUAAGAAUCUAUCGAAGAGGCAGCUUGAUGAUUCCGACCAAUCUUCAUCAGUUCUGUUGAAGAGACAACGAGGUGCAGUAAUGGUUCCCAACUCUGACAAGUCUCGGCUCGAGUCUCUGCCCCCGGAUCUCCUGAUUCGGCUACUUUGUGGAGUGGAUCACGAAGAUUUGGGGAAGCUUUUCCUCGUAUCUAAAUCAAUCAAAGAAGCUGCAGUAAUGGCAAGAAAAUCACAUUUUGCAUAUACCACGCCCAAAAAGACUCUAACUUUCAGAGACCCAACUGAUUUCGAGGAAGUUUCCUGCGAUUUCGACGGCGACAUCGACCCUCCAAAUGCUCCUAUCCGACGCGUCAGGGCAUAUCACGAGCCACGGGCAAAGACCAAGGCCACGACCAAGACCAAGAGGAAAGAUCUAUCCAGUGUGUCCAUGGCGUUGUUCACCUGAGCUGUAGAUCCAUUACACUGCCUUGUACCUUUCAGGAGUUUGGAAGGCUUUGUCUGAUUAUGUAUAUAGUACUUCCAUUUAUUAACUUGAAUCUGAAAAUCUUUUUUUUUUUUGUAUAUUUAGGCUUUGGUUUACUUAGCCUGGAGGGGUUCAGAUGCAAUAUAGAUCUUAUAUAUUCUGAUUUACA